AUGGAGCUACUGAAAACGUCCUUACGUAAGACCGUGUGUCGCGAAAUAUUCCACUGACUUGCCAGUAACUCCUCGCGAAUUUUUGCAGAGAAUCUUUUUCUCCUAAAAGUUUGCUUUUUUUUUUUCUUUUCGAAGGUUGUUGAAAAAAGAACAAUAAAUUCCAGAGGCGUCUCUCCUACGAAGAUUCAACCACACGUGGCGCGGUAACUCCAAAAGCAACUGCCACAAUGUAAACGAACCGAUAUUCAAACGCAAACGUGGAAGUUGAAACGCAAGUUGCGACAGUCAUCGUCGUGGAAGGCGCAUGCCACUAUCCAAGAAGUUUCCUAGAACUCUCUUUCAAACGCAUGCAGACACACACAGGUUAAAAUGCCCUCCAACUGAAAGCUAGACGAUGAUCUAUCGGCCGAAGCUCGUAUGGAAUUUCUGCUUUCCUCAAGUGACAAAUUGUCUCUUCCACGAUUUCAUCCUGCUGGCAUUCUUUCCUUUCUCUUGUCGUUCGCAGUUAUAUAAAUUUAGUUUCGUUACUUCAUCUUUGAUCCUCUGUAGAGUUUCUGAUUCUUCCUUCAUUCGCGGAACCGAAGUUUCAUGAAUUUUAUUAAUCAGAAAUAUUAUCAGAAUUAUCAGAAGUUAAAUCGCUUUUUUCCAAUGAUAAUACGAAUAACCAUGGUAUAUGACACAUGAUCGUAUAAUUUUUUUAAAUGCUGUUUGACCAUUUUAUAAGAUAAUUAAAUCGCAACUCUGUUAUCCAACACUUGGCCAAAUUCAUUAUCUAAAAUCUGCUAUUUCAGUGUUAAUCUAUUAUUAUAAAUAUCAACUAGUAAUCUCAAAUAAUAAUGAUAGGUUGAUCUCACAUUAUUAAUAUUAAUUUGUUAAAUCAAUCUGUUAUUUUAAUUAUCUGAAUGUAUGUUGUUAUCUAACUUGAUAGAAUCUGAAAGUUAUCGAUUCAGAUGUUGCAAAGAAAUUUAUUUAUUCAUUUUUAAAUUCAUUUCUUUCAAUCCUAUUAACAUUUUCUUUUAAUAUGUCUUAAGAAAAUGAAAAAUGAUUUGCCAGCAUUCAGAAGAAAGUUGCAUCUGCGUACGCCGGUGAUUUUUAUAUGAUAAAUGAUUUAAAAAACUUUGUAAAGAAUCAAGGUAUUCCAGCGUCGGUAUAUAUAACGGGUCGACAGGUGUCGUGAUGAAAGCAGGUUUUCUUCUACCGAUUCCCCCGUGGUCCUCCUUUAAAAUCAGUACCGUACUUAUGACUCAUCGAUACAUUGUAAAUUUUUGUUCAGUCGAUCUCUGGAAAAUUGGUUGGAAAUCAACUGCCCAUGAUCAUUUUCAAAUUAACCAAAUUCUAAAUGGAUCUCUUUUCCUUUCAGAGAUUUCAAAUCAAAAAAGAAAAUCGACGCACUGAGAGAUGAACUAAACUUUGACUCUAUAAAUAAAUAAAUGUAAUAGUUAUUUAUACUAAACGUAUACAUCUACAUAACACAUACAUAAUAAUAAUAAUAAUAAUAUAUCGACAUUAUCAAAUUAACAGGUAAAGACAAAUUAUAUAAAAAACUUUUAAAUUAGAGCAAGAAUUAAAUUCCAGUAUUUUCUUGGAAACAAUUCGACUCUAAAAUGAAUCAUUGAGGACGGUGCAGGUGUUUCUAUCAGUACCUAAAAAUUUAUAUGACUCUCUGUCAUCUUAUUAUGUUAUUUCCCACCGCAAAGGGAAACUAAAUAUGAAAAUUAAAUUUAAUGUAAACUUUAUUUAUUAAAUUAAUAAAUAAAAGUUGAAAGUGACUAAUAGUCACAUGUCUUCUUGCAAGAAGUGUACAAAAAUGUCCAGCUAUAAAUAGGAAAAAGCAGAGAAGCUACAGAAUAGGAAGAUAUCCUGUUUCAAAAGAUAAAGAAGCAACGUGCAAAUAUAGUAUGUCUCCACCUAGAAGUAAUUGUCUGAAAGCUGAAUAUCACAGAUUAAACGAAGAGAGACGAGAACAGUGUAAGAAAAUAAGAGAACUUCAGAUGAUUCGAGAUUUAUGUAAUAGAUAGGAUAUUUUAAUCAAUGGAAGCAGAGUAACGAUCUUGUUUCUACUGAACGUUCGAGUUAUGCAGAACAUAAUGGAAUUUUUAAAGUAUCGAUUAACCACAUGUUUAUUCUAAUUUUCGCAACUUGUAACAUUGAUGUUUCAAGUGUAAGUCGCAUUAUUGCAAUUACACGCGAAAACAAGAAUGAGAAUAACGAUAACAAUUAUAAGAAAGCAUUAUUAUCAUUGUGACAUCACAUUGUAUAAAUAUCGAUGACCUCGAUUUGAAUAUUAUUCCAAUGAUGAAAUACUAUGAGAGUCGUACGUUAUCGGAAUAUAUUAUCACGCGUACACAAACAAUGGAUUGCACGUAGAAAAAUAAUUUUACGAAGUGGUUAUAAUCGGAUUAUUAUAGCUGUUCUGAUGGUACAAUUAAGAGCAUGAAUUCUGUUACGUAUGUGAUUGUACCGGAUUGCACAACAAGUGCAUUAGUUGCAUUUAUGAAUAUGAAACAAAUAUCUUUUCCACUGUACAAGAAUCAGUUUCUAUUCUUUGAAAACUGUGUAAAAUUUUAUGUUAGCGUGUAAAAAUUUCCAAUCACGAUAGAUCUUUCUAUAAACUUUAUAGAAUUAAUGUUUUAAAGGAUUUCACUAUUAUUAUUUUAAUACUAUUUCAAUAUAUUACUUUUAUCAUUUUGUCUCACUUUCUG